AUUUUUUUUACAAUUUUUUUGCUUUUGACUCGCAGUAAAUGCUGUAUGUAAAUAAUUAAUUAUUUUUGAAAUAUAUAUAUUUUUUUCAUUGGGACUUGUAUGUAAUGAGGGCUGGACGAUUUGCGCAAAAUUAUGUCAGGGAUGAAUGCAGAUAUUCAGUCGAUUAUCAAAAAUGGGUGAUGAUUUCACAUUAUUAUUAUUUCUUUUAAGUUUGAUUGACUUUUGCUCCGGAGUGAAGGAUCUGGUUUUUCCUUUCUUUAUGAGCAGAGAUCAAAACACUUUAUAAACAGCUAAACAUUUAACAAGUCAGAGGAUGAUCGAUUGCAUGUUAAACCUCCUCACAUUUCUUGUACAAUGCAUAAACAUUAUAUAGCUAUACAUUGGACUUUUGUCAUAUUGCUGUUGAUGACAAAUAUAUUACAUUAAUUAUCAAUAUUGUUUUUUUACCCUAUUUGUAACCAUGUAUUAAUGUAAAGCUGUGAAACAUGAGUUCUAUGAUUUGUCAAAGUAUGUUGAAAUAAUAAACCAGAUCAAUGUGAUGAUGUCAGUAACACUGGGUCUGCCAGUUCAACUGUUAUCUGUUAUUUAACAAUGGGUUCUGGAACAAACAGUUUUUGAACCCUAAGCCUUUCCGAACGGAUUCAAACACAGACUCUAUUGUUUUCCAAGAUUAUGUUAUUUGUUAGAAUAAACAGGAGGUUUUAGUUCCUAUAUCAGGGUGAGACUUAGGAGGUUACGUGUCCUGCAAUUUAAUGCCAAUUCACUGAUGUAACCCCUUUGUUUUUCCUGCUGAUAUUAAGCCCCUUAUAUAAUAUGUCAUGCGCAUUUCCUCAGACUAUUGCUCUUUGCCCCGGCCACAUGGAGCUCGACCUCUAGUGGCCCAAUUCCCUGCUUUUAUAAGGGAUUAUGAGAGUGUUGUGACCUUCGGACCUCACAAGCAUUUCUGAUGUGCUCUAUAAAGAGCGACCUGUUGGAGCCAAUCAAGUCUGUUAAUAAACAAACGCUCCCUUUACAUGAGCACGGCGGAGCGAGUGCUCUCUUUCAGUUCUUGGAUUGCGGUUGAACAGUGAGGGUGUAGCUGAUUAGUUUAGAGAUUGGACCUGCAUCGGCCCUCAGAGGACCUCACUAAGGGGCAGUCAUGCGUCUGAUAGGGUCCACUGUCUUUCUCUCUGUCCUGCUGCAGGUUAUGUCUGCCCCGACAGAGGACUGGCAGACGGCCACGUCUAUUUACGACUUCUCAGCGACAGAUAUUGACGGCAAUGUGAUCUCCCUGGAGAAGUACAGGGGGGAUGUUGUCAUCAUCACCAACUUUGCCUCUAAAUGAGGCAAAACCCCAGUGAACUACUCCCAGUUUACGCAGAUGUACACCACGUACUCUGGGAGAGGUUUACGCAUCCUUGCCUUCCCCUCUAACCAGUUUGGGAACCAGGAGCCUGGCAGUGAUUCUCAGAUCAAACAGUUUGCUGAAUCUUAUCACGCUAACUUUGACAUGUUCAGUAAGAUCGAUGUGAACGGAGACAGCGCUCACCCUCUGUGGAAGUGGCUGAAGAAUCAGCCCAAUGGGAGGGGCUUCAUGGGAAAUAGCAUCAAGUGGAAUUUCACCAAGUUUUUGAUCAAUAGAGAGGGGCAGGUGGUGAAGAGAUACGGACCCCUGGAUGAUCCAAGUGUGGUGGAGAAGGAUCUUCCCCAAUACCUUUAAACCCCUGAUGAAGGACUGAUACCUCACUCACUGAUACUCCAUCCACUUUGUCUUUCCAUCCUCCUUCUCUGCCUCUCCAGCAUCAGUGAAUAUAGUUCGGAUCUACCCCAGACCAGUGACGGUCUGUUCACAAACCCGCGUGGCGGACAGAGCAGACCUGAUGAAAAAUGGUGUACAAACAUUCUGGGAGAAUUUCAAAGCUUAUAUUCAUAAGUUUGUCUGGAGAGAAGGAGAAAUCAUCCCGUAACCCAUCAUAGUGGAGUCAUAUCUGACCUUGUUUUCAUAAUAAACUGCUCAAAAAUGUUGACCAAAUUA